AAAAAAAAGGCCUCAGGAGAAUUUUUCCGAAGAACGAUUAGAAUAAAAAUAUAACGAGGGAAGACACGAGCAGUCAAAUACUUGCAAGAACAAAUUGGUUUUCAGGAAGAUAACUCAUUCGCCGCUCUCUCAUGUUCUCCUCCGCCGAGAUAUGUCUGAUCACAAAACCUCUCCCAACUUCUCUAACCCCCUCUUCCUUCUACUGUUUCUCCCUUUCUUACUAAUUUCAUCGUCUCCACUUUCCGCUGCCGGCGAUUCUUCGCCGGAGGCGGCUGAGAAAGCGGUGCUGCUCGACCUCAAGCACUUCCUCCUCGGACACAAUCGCGUCAACCGCGGCUCUUACGCCGGGUGGAACGAGUCGGAGCCAUCCCCAUGCCGGUGGGCCGGCAUCGCCUGCGACGCGGACGGCCGCGUCGCCGGAAUUGAUCUCAGGGGUUCGAGCAUCUCUGGCGGCAUCUUCCCCAACUUCUCACUUCUCCCCGUGCUCACCCGACUUGACCUCUCAUCCAAUAGUUUCGACGGUCCCGUCCCGCCGGAGCUCAAUCAAUGCCACGGACUCCGGUAUUUGAACCUCUCGAAUAAUCUCAUCGACGGCGAGCUCAAUUUAACUGCCCUAAACCAACUUGACACACUCGAUGUCUCCGUCAACCGUUUCGUUGGCCGGGUUAUGGGCAGCUUCCCUGUGAAUUGCGGGAAUUUGGUUUCUCUCAACAUUUCGUCUAAUAAUUUCACCGGCGAGAUUGGAGAUUACUUCGACAGAUGUCGCCGGAAUUUGGAGGUCCUUGAUCUGAGCUUGAAUAGAUUUGGAGGGACGAUAUGGAUGGGGUUCUGGUGGCUGAGAGAGUUCUUGGCGUCGGAUAACCGUUUCAUGGGAGCGAUAGCGGUGGAGACUUUUCCGGCCGGUUGUAGUUUGGAAACACUAGACCUCUCCGGCAACGGGCUUAAUGGGAGUUUCCCGGAAUCGAUCGCUAACUGUUCGAAGAUGGAAACAUUGAACCUUUGGGGGAAUUUCUUCACCGGACGGAUUCCCUCCGGUAUUGGAUCGCUCUUCGAACUCAAUACUCUCUUCAUCGGGAAUAAUAGUUUUGACCAGGAAUUGCCCAUUGAGCUCCUCAGCUGUCGGAAAUUGGUGUUUCUCGAUCUUAGCAGAAACAGUUUCCGCGGAGAAAUUCAGAGAAUUUUGGGGAAUUUCACCUCUCUUAAGUUUCUUCUAUUGCAUUCAAAUUCAUAUAGUAUAGGAAUCGAGGAAUCUGGAGUCCUGAAGCUCCCAAAUCUUCUUCGUCUCGAUCUCAGCUUCAACAAUUUUUCCCGGGAGCUGCCCAUUGCCGCCGCCGAGAUGCCUCAGCUAGAGUUCUUGAUCCUCGCCAGCAAUAAUUUCUAUGGUAAAAUUCCUCCUGAAUACGGGAGAAUCGCGACUCUUCAAGGCCUCGAUCUCUCCUUUAACCGGCUAAGUGGGGGAAUUCCUCCCCAACUUGGGAAUUUGACGUCUCUGCUAUGGCUUAUGCUCGGGAGCAACGAGCUCACCGGUAGAAUUCCGCCGGAGAUCGGCAAUUGCAGCAGCCUGCUAUGGCUGAAUCUCGCCAAUAACCAGCUCUCCGGGCGAAUCCCGCAGGAGAUCUCCUCAAUCGGACGGAACCCAUUCCCUACUUUUGAGAAGAACCGGCUCAACGACAACAUCACUCCCGGCUCCGGCGAAUGCCUGGCGAUGAAGCGGUGGAUGCCGGCGACGUACCCGCCCUUCAGCUUUGUCUACACCGUAAUGACUCGCCGGACUUGCAGAGCGAAAUGGGAUCAGCUACUCAAGGGUUAUGGCGUGUUCCCUGUUUGUCUUAAUGCCUCAAAGCCGAUUCGAACGCUGGAUAGCACUGGUUACCUCCAGCUCUCUGGAAACCUCCUCUCCGGCGAGAUCCCAUCAUCAAUCAGCCAAAUGGAUCGACUCAGCAUUCUGAACAUCGAAAACAACAAGCUCUCCGGCGGGCUCCCGCCCUCGAUAGGAAAUUUGCCUCUGAUCCUGCUUAACGUCUCAAACAACCAGUUCUCUGGUUCAAUUCCAGCAGAGCUAAGCGAUAUCCAGUGCCUUCAGAUCCUUGAUCUCUCCUUCAACAAUUUCUCCGGCGAGAUCCCGGCGAGCCUCAACAACAUCUCUGACCUCAACAAAUUCAACGUUUCCUUCAACCCUCUCCUCUACGGUGCCAUUCCCAUGAGCGGCCAGAUCGCAACCUUCGACAACAGCUCCUUCAUCGGCGACCCUCUCAUUUCAUUUUCGGCCUCCAACUCCUUUCACAACACCGCGCCGCCCGCCAACGUCGGUCGGCGAUCGACAGCUAGAUUCCUCUUCAUCUGGAUCGUCCUCUCCUUAAUUGCUGUCAUAUUAAUCUUCGGCCUCGCCUCCUUAAUCCUCUGCCUCAUCUCCCGGUCCCCUGUCGACUCUCUUUCAGUACUAGAACCAGAUCCAUUUCUUUCAGAACCAGACAGCUUUUUGUUUGAAGGAAUCAAACAGCGGCUUCCUUCCACAUCAGAUUCUCCUUCAGAGCUCUCCACCAGCUCUCCUGGCAGCGGCGUUAAGGUAUUUCGUCUCGAUAAAACGGCUUUCACCUACGCCGACAUCGUUUCAGCAACCAGAAACUUCUCGACCGACAUGAUAAUCGGCUGCGGCGGUUCCGGCGUGGUCUACCGCGGAAAGCUUCCGGAUGGCCGGCACGUGGCUGUGAAGAAACUGAGAAGAGAAGGCGUAGAAAGCGAACGAGCAUUCCGUGCUGAGAUGGAGGUCCUUGCCGGCGGCCACCCCAAUCUAGUCUCCAUCUUCGGGUGGUGCCUGGCCGGAGCAGAGAAGCUCCUAGUUUACGAGUACAUGGAAGGAGGGAGCUUGGAGGAUGUUAUCAAAGACUGGCGGAGAUUCGGGUGGGCUCAACGGGUGGAGGCCGCGGUGGGGGUGGCGCGCGCCUUGCAGUAUCUACACCAUGAGUGCGUACCCGCAGUGGUUCACCGUGAUGUGAAGGCGAGCAAUGUGAUGAUGGAUGGAAGCGGAAUGGCAAAGGUGACAGAUUUCGGGUUGUCGAGGAUGAUGCUGAAUGGAGAAACGCAUGUGAGCACGAUGGUGGCGGGGACGGUGGGUUAUGUGGCGCCUGAGUAUGGGCAGACAUGGCGGGCAACGACUAAGGGGGAUGCUUAUAGCUUUGGAGUGCUGGUGAUGGAGCUGGCGACGGGGAGGAGGGCGGUGGAGGAAGGAGGAGAGGAAUGUUUGGUGGAUUGGUUGAGGAGGGUGGGGAUGGAAGAGGCAGUACAUGAGGUGGAGGAGGGGUGGGACGACGAAGAAGGAGGCGAGGCAAUGAAAGGGUUGAUGAGGGUGGCGAUGAGGUGCAUGGAGGAGGCGCCGAAUGGCCGACCGGACAUGAGAGAGGUGGUGGCGAUGUUGAUAAGGAUCAUCAAAGGUUCUGACUCUGACUGGGACGGGAAUUUGGAUCCUCCUCAAUUAGCACGAUAGUAAAAUUUAAUCUCAAAUGAAUUUCGAAAUUUUUAAUUUUAUUUUGAGAUAGAUACAAUAUAAAACAUUUAUAUUGCAUUCAUCAUCUUAAAAUAAAUUUAAAAAUUCAUUUUAAAUAAAAUUUAAUCAGAUAUUUUGAGUUUUUUUUUUUUCAUUAUUUCAUAGGAAGUGAAAUAUAAAUACAGUUGUACAUUUAGAUAUAGGGAUUGCCAAUAUGUUGUAAUUGGAUUACACAUACAAUUAUACAAAGAUAUAACUAACUCUUGAGUC